CAGGGAGUCCUUCCAUCGUCCUCUGGACACAGUUUGUUUUCUCUUCUGUUUUCUAGGUAUGAAAGAUGGCCAGAAACUUGUCUUUCACGGAGAAGGUGAUCAGGAACCUGACCUAGAACCGGGAGACGUCAUUAUUGUCCUGGAUCAGAAAGACCACUCUGUAUAUCAGAGGAGAGGCAACGACCUAGUGAUGAAAAUGAAAAUCCAGCUGACGGAGGCCUUGUGCGGCUUCAAGAAGACCGUGGAGACGCUGGAUGACAGGGUCCUUUUAAUAUCCUCCAAACCAGGUGAAGUGAUCAAGCACGGAGACAUUAAGAGCAUCGUAAACGAAGGGAUGCCGAUUUAUAAAUCUCCCUUGGAAAAAGGUUCUUUAAUCAUCCAGUUUCUG